AUGACUAAAUCAGGAUUUUCACAACAAAUAUUACAAGAGGUUAAAGAAGGUUCACCAAUUUCUCAUGUGGCAAAGAAAUAUGGAAUAAAUGAAACAACAAUAAGGAGAUGGAUUAAAAAACCAAUGGAUAGUGUAUCAAUAAAGGAGAGGGCAAAAAAACAAGGUAGAAAGAAAAAAGUAGAUUCAAAAUUAGAACAAGAAAUGAUUCAAUGGAUUCUUAGAAAUAAUCCAAAACAAAUUAUUAUUUCAACUGAUAAAAAUAAUCAAUCAGACCAAAAUCAUUCAUUAGAUGAUGAAGAUGAUGAUGAAGAUGAUGAGGAUGAUGAAUAUUACGAUAGUGGUAAUAAUAAUAAUAAUAAUAAUAAUAAUAAUAAUAAUAAUAAUAAUAAUAAUAAUAAUAAUAAUAAUAAUAAUAAUAAUAAUAAUAAUAAUAAUAAUAAUAAUAAUAAUAAUAAUUAUAAUAAAAAUAAUAAUGAAGAAAUUGAUGAUUAUGGAGAAGAUGAAGAUGAUGAAGAAAAUCAACAAAACAAUUUGCAAAUUGAUGAAAAAGAAAAUGAAAUAGAAAAUGAAAAAGGAAAAGAAAAAGAAAAUGGAAAAGAAAAAGAAAAAGAAAAAAAAAAAGAAAAAGAAAAAGAAAAAGAAAAAGAAAAAGAAAAAGAACAACAACAACACCAACAGCAGCAACAACAACAACAAAGUAUUAAUAACAAUAACAAUAACAAUAAAAAUGAUAACAAGAGUAAUAAUUUUAAGGAUGCAUUGAAAAUCACUAAUCAAAGUGAUGAAAGCUCAAGUAUUAUAACUACACAUACACCUAAUGAAAGCUCUACAGUUUUUAAUUCUUCUGCAACUGACCAAACAAUGCUUACUACUAAUAAUAAUAAUAAUAAUAAUAAUAAUAAUAAUAAUAAUAAUAAUAAUAAUAAUAAUAAUAAUAAUAAUAAUAAUAAUAAUAAUAAUAAUAAUAAUAAUAAUAAUAAUAAUAAUAAUAAUAAUAAUAAUAAUAAUAAUAAUAAUAAUAAUAAUAAUAAUAAAAGUGAUGACAGUUGUAUUGUUAAAAAUAAUGAAGAAAAUAAUAUAGGCAGUGAAUUGAUAACAUUAGAUGAAAUUCAAGAUUAUUUAAAUAAAAAACAUAAUGUGGAUGCUUCAUUUCCUUAUAUCACUCAUAUUUUAAAAAGAAAUAAAAUAAAGGUAUAUAAAAAGAGAAAAAUAAAAGUGGUCGAUGAUUUAGAUAACAAUAGUGAUAAUGAUAUUAAUAAUAAUAAUAAUAUUAAUAAUAAUAUUAAUAAUAAUAAUAAUACUAUUAAUAAUAAUAAUAAUAAUAAUAAUAAUAAUAAUAAUAAUAAUAAUAAUAAUAAUAAUACUAUUAAUAAUAAUAAUAAUAAUAGUAGUAGUACCUAUAAAGAUGGACAAAAUGUAAAUAGUAAAAAUGUAAAUAGUAAAAAAAAUAAUAGUGAUGAUAAUAGUGGUGGUAAUCAAAAGAAAAAGUAUAGAAAACGACAAAAACAUCAACACCAAUACCAUAGUCAAGAAGGAGAUGAGGGGGAGGAAGAAGAACAAAACAAACAACAACAACAACAACAAAGUGAUAUGUCAUCUUCAAGUAAUUCUCCAAUCUUAGACUCUGGUCAUCAACAACUUCAUCAUGAACAUCCAAAUUAUGGCGAUGAUAAUGAGUUGACACAAGAUCAUCUACAUAUUGAUGAGGAUAAUGUCCAAGAUAAUCCUCACUAUAUUCAUCAUCAUUGUUAUGAUCAAACAAUGAUAGAAGUGACAGCACAAGAAAUACAAAACCAUGAUCAUCACCAUCACCACCACCAACACCAUCAACUACAACAAGAUCAAAAUUCUAUUGAUAUUAGUGUUGAUGAGUUUGUUCAUGAAAACAUUCAAGAACAGCAUGAUAUUCAUCAAUGCAACCUUAAUCAUGAUGGUCACCAUCAUCAUGAGCAUGGUCACGAUGACCACAAUAAUCUUGAUGAUCACCACCACCACGAUCACCACCACGAUAAUCAACAAGUAAUCAACGAAAAUUCAGAUAAUAUAGAGAUAAAUUGUAGUGAUCAAGAUGAUGUAGAACAUUUAGAGGUUCAAUUAGAAGUUACUGAUCAUGACCAACAUAGCUUUGAAACUCACUAUCAUGACGACCCAAAUGAAAAACCUCAACAUUAUAUUGAAAUUCAAUCUUUUACUGAACAUCAACAAUCUCAAAUUCAAUCACAACAACAUCUUCAACAACACCAACAACAACAACAACAACAACAACAACAACAACAACAACAACAACAACAACAACAACACCUACAGCUUCAACUACAACCACAAAACCAACUAGAUUUAGAAAAUCAACAAACAGAGGAAGAAUGA